AUGUGUAUCUCAGCAUACAUGUUAAUUCUCUCUCUCUCUCUUUUUUCUCAAGGUUUUCUACUCUCAGUUUCAAAAUCUCUGCAAAAGGUAGAAGAUGAAGAUAUGCUGCUAACCACAUUAAAUCUAGGAAAAACUCUUCGAAAUGGAGCUAGAACUGCAAACAGAGGAGCUAUACCUUUGCUGAAGCAUUAUGAGACUGAAGACAGCGGUGUUUUGGACAAAGAUGAUGACAGAAAAAUAAAGUUUUUGGACACAGGUUCCAGACAUGAUUUCUUAAAUCAUGUUAUGCCAACCAACUUAGGUAGAAAGCAGCUACCUUAUCUUGCACUGAAAGGAGCCAUGGCUUUUCCAGCUGACACUGAAAUUCAAAAUAUUGACUCAAUACAGGAAAGAGAGACUGCAGAAGAAGAAAAUUCAGCUAAAUUCCCUAUAGGAAGAAGAGAUUUUGACAUGCUCAGGUGUAUGCUGGGAAGAGUCUAUCGACCUUGUUGGCAAGUCUGA